AUGUUUCUUAUUUUUUACAAAUUUAAAUUGGAAUUAAACAUGACUAGUUUCAAAAUUCCAUUAGAGAAUCUUGCUAAGAAUUCUUAUAAGUACUCUUAUGCAAGGUCGCAGUCGGCUCGCUGUCGAUCGGCAUCACUACGAAACCCUAUUCUGCAAUCUGACGAGCCUGAUAUCACUCCUAGAUCACUGAGAGGAAAGGUUCCUGGAUACAUGGAUUCUAGUCGAUGGCUUAACGACCGACCAAAAGGUAAAGCUCUUGCUAAGCCCUCCACAAGCAGCACUUACAAUAUCUUAAGUUCUCAAGACCUUGCUACUUAUAAGCCUACAAAGCGUAUUUUCGCUCAAGAAAACCGAAUCCCUGCAACUGAGCGUUCUUGUAUUCGCUUAAGACCUCCAAGCCCAGCGAAGAAUCCAAUAUUGCAGGCUGAUAAAUCAUUCGAAAACAUUGAAAAGCCAUCAAUAAAGAUCCUUGAUUCGCGACCUUCUCAAAUAACUGAAUAUUCAAACAUGAGGAAGUCACUUACUUCAUCAGAGCUAGGACUAAAGAAAAAUCUUUUGUAAUUUAUAUUCAGCGCGCAGAGGAAUCCAAGCAGGAUAUUCGACCAAGAAGGAGUUUGUGAUCCUUUUGGCUCACAUAGGAAAAUGGUUGAUAACAGCAAGCAAAGCUCAGUUUCUGACUUGCUUUCGUAUAAAUAUGCAUUACAAUAUAGGGAAAACAAAGUCACAGGAAAAAUCUAG